GCUAACAGUCCUAACACGGUUCCUCUUAGGGUGGCAGUUCGGUUACCGGUUAACCGACCGAUUAAACCGAUAACCGAUCGGUUAUUCACUAACUGGUUACCGAAGUAGCCGAACUUUGGUCGGUUAUCGGAGGCUGGACAAAAUGGUUUGUGGACUUAAAAGUGGUUUGGUUAACCGAUAACCGAGAUAACCGAGAAAUCGAAGACUAUUUCGGUCGGUUUAUCUAACAAACAAAAAAGUUGUUUGAAUCCAUCGUACUUGAGAUUUGGAUUGCAAACCCAUCACUCCAAUCCAACAAACAAACGGCAUCUAAGUCUCGUCUAUCCCCAUUUAAAAACGUACGGUUUUACGCUUCUAGGUCACCAAAAUACUUCUGUUUCCAUGUAAAAUCUUUAGUGCAUAAAAUCAGACUAAAUUGCGUUCUAAAGUUUAAAAGCUUAUGCUUUUAAACUUCUAGUUCACCAAAACGUUUUACGCUUUUAGUUCACUACAUGAAAAUCAUUUUAAAAAGUAUAUUUUAAAGGUAAAUCACGAACAAUAUGAUACAUUUGAGAUUAAAAGAUACAUAUAAGGUACUUGGAUGCAUUUUACGCUUUACAAUUUUACCCCUUUUUCGCUUUUAGAUAUAAUCACACUUUUAAUUGAAUCGGUUUAACCCAUUUGGCCAUUUUCGUUACAGAAAAAUUUAAACCCAGAAAAAUUUAAACCCCGUAAUACAAAAUUACUAUGACUCUUACCCUUCCAAUAAAAUCAUAAAAUAUUUCGGAUAAGCACAAGGCUUUUAAUUGCUUCAGACAGGAUAACAUGGCCAAACUAAUAAUGGCCGAAAAGUGACUAAUAACUGCUGCUGAUUAAGGAACUAAUUCAAUGUUAUGUGACUAAAAUCUACAUUAUGAGGUCUCUUUCUUUAUUGCUGGAAUUAUUAUCCUGGUAGCAGACAAUAUAGGAGUUGGGGAUGUGAGUUGUUUUCCUUUUCUAACAAACAGAGCAUAUGGGCCACCAAGAGGACAGGCCCAUUAAUAGAGAAGCGGUUGGGAAGAUUGUUGCCCAAUGAGGCAAUGAAAGUGAUGCAAUGAAAAUGCUCGGGAUGGGCUUUACCGUUGCAAUAUUUAUUGCAACCAGCCUAACAUUUGUUUAGUGGUUGCAUAAUGCUUAAUGUGUGUCUAAGUGUAUGAAUUAUUAGAUAUUAUCAUCAAGGAAAUGGAUCUCAGAAGGAAAUUUAUUGGUCUUACUACUUAUCACUUACUUAUCAACCUCUUUUCUAGGAAUUAAUCAUAAUUUAACCCCCCAAUACCACUUCGUUCUACAAAACAACAUCUUUGGAAUCAUCCUAUGAAAAAAAAAACAUAUUUUGAAUUUAUGAUUAGAUCAUCUACGGAGAGGGUUUGGAUUUGUUUCAGAAACAAGACCAAUGUCCAUAUGAAAGUAAAGUUGGGUAGGUAAGCCUAAAUAAGCUUCGAAGAUGAUGUGAAUGAUAAGGUUAAUACGUGUAUGCAAUGUAGUAUCUCAUGGAUGAGAGAUUUUUUUUUCUCCUACUAAUAUCAUAGAUAUUUAUGCCAAUCAUGACCGUGGCUGAUUCUUUGAAAGAUGCAUCUAUUUCUCUUGCCUUAACAUCGUGUUUCACUUUGUUGGUAGCCACCAUAGUAGUGUAGCCUUUUUUGGAAGUGCGACUAACUAAGACAAGUGUACCAAACAGAUAUAGAGUUGUUUAGAUUCGAAUCCCCCUAACUAGUAAUCGACAAUCAACCAAACACAAUACAUAUAUGAUUUACUUUUCACAGACCGUAGGAAUUCCUAAAUUAGCAUUAACCCGAUUUUCUCGGGUAUUAAUACUCUAUUAGUCGAUUAUACCUAGAUCUGAUAUUCUCUUUGACAUGGAUUCAUUUACCAACGCAUUAAUCAAUCUUUGAAUCCCCUCUAUUAGGUUUCACCCUAAUCCAGAAGUACCUCUAACUACAUCUUCUAGUAGUUCGAAGUCCCUUAUAUCCCUAAGUACUGUUCUAUCAUGCAUAUAGGGAUCUUCUUUUCGUCAGACACAUGAAACAUACAAGCAAUCAAGAUGUCAAAUUCAAUUGAAAGCUUGGAAGAUAAAAUAGAGACAAAUCAUAUGAGAAUAAACAUCACAUCUAUAUCAAAAAUUUUAAUCAAUUAAGAUUCAAAAUGCUAGAGUUCAUCUCAUCCAAACAACAAGAGAGAUUAGUUCAUGGGGAGUGAGGAAAGGAACAAAGAAGAUGAAGUAUAGCUGAUUUCCAUCAUGGGGUACUUGAUCAAUUGCUAUAAGAUGUCUUCUCUGGGGACUUGGUGGUGUUGUUGAAAAACCCCUCUCUUCACCUCUCUAACUCGUGUUUUAGGUUUAGGGUAACAAGUGGCUAGAGUCUCCUCUCGAUUAAGCUUUAAAACACCUUAAAUACUAAAGACAAAUGCCCGCAUACGGCCUUAGUCACGACCAUGGGCCUACCCGUGAAUGGGGUCCUUGCCCGAUUCGAAAUAGGAACGAUGCGUCGUUUGGGGGAAGUCUGCAGCUCUUCAUGGGUAGAGUUACGACCGCGAGGCUGCCCGUGAAUAGCUCGACAAUGAAUUCUCUCGGGGAAUUGAAUGGAAAUUUUACGGUCUGGCUCACGGUCGUGGGUCUACCCGUGAGUGCUUAGACACCUAAUUUCUUUAUUUUGUUCUUGUCUUUUCUCCCUCGUUUGAACUCUGAAUCAGUCCAAGUUUGAUCUCAGACGCUCGUAUUCUUGUCCUCUUUCAUCCUUUACUGUGCUUCUUGUCCAAAUUGACUCGUCGUGGCCUGAAACACACCAAAAUCACUAACCAAGCAUAAAAUUGGCAAAACACAUAAAUAUUGUUGGAAUGACCAAGCGAAGGGGCUUCAAAGGGAUCUAAGAACAUGUAUAAUUCACGUGUUGUCAAUAUCUAUUUAAGUAAUUAAGAAAUACCUUUUUUAUUAUUUCCUACUAAUAUCAUAGAUUUUGAUUUCAAUAUGAUUCUGUGAAAGAUUGCAUCUAUUUCUCUUAGUAAUGCUUGAGCUAUUGAAAAUUAAGAAAGAAGUACCAGAAGUGAGAACUGUUGCUUGAUUGAGAUCCAUAUCAUAUUUCUUCUGUUUUAUUUUCAUUAUUAGGGUUUCUUAAUCUUAACAUUAACAGGGUUAACAUUUCUGAUCAAUUGGGUAUUCGAUAAACUUCAUAUUCCACU